AUGGGGGGGAAUUUGGUUGGAUUUUGGGGGGUUGAUUUGGGGGAAGGGGGUUGGGGUGGGGGGAUAUGGAUUUUGUUUGGGGGGUUGGGAUGUGUUUGUUUGUUUGUGGUGUGGGUGGGGGGUUGGGGUUUUGGGUGGUUUGUUUGGAGUAGGUGGGGGGUGGUUGGGGGGGGGGGGGGAGGUUUGUUUUGUUGGGGGGGGGGGGUUUUUUUUGUUUGGGGUGGUGGGUGUGUUGGGGGGGUUUUUGUGGGUUUUUGGUGGUUUUUUAUGUUGUGGUUGGGUGGUUGUGGUGUGUUGUUGGGGUUUUGGGGGGUUGGGGGGGGGGGAGGAAGGAGGAUUUGGGGUGUUUGGUGGUGGGUAGGUUUGUUUGGAGGAUUUGGGGGGUGUUUGAGAUAUUUGGGGUGUGGUGGGGUUUUUGUUGUUAAUUAUUUGGGGGAAAUGGGGGGUUUUUUGUGUUGGGGGGGGAGGGAGUUUAUGGGAUGGGGGUGGGUGGGGAUUUGGGUGUUGUAG